UGUCCCAGCGGAGGAGAGAGGCGCGGAGAAGUUUGGAGGACCCGGGUUUGGGUGAGGCACAGACCGGGGGGAGGAGCCGAAGGGAGACCUUGACGUCUGCGGGAGGCGGGCCCUCCCCCUUCCCCCCCCCCCCCCCGCUGUGGGGUGGGCCCUUCCGACUCCAGGCUGCGCAAUGCGGAAGAGAUGGCUCCUCCGGAGCGGAAGGGACGCUUCUGGCGGCGGCGCCAGUGCCAGGGACACGGGCAGUCCGGGCGCCGGGGCUGCAGGAGCUGCAGGAACCGGCGGAAGGCGCCAGGGCGAGCCCACGGCAGGCGGGCUGGCUGGGGCGCAGCCGGAGCCUCAAGCCGCCUGAGGAGAGGCCUGACAGCGCCCGAGGUGCCUCAGACAGAAAGACAGACCCACGCAAAACCUGGCAGGAAUUUCUUGGUGCUUUGCGGUCAGUACUGCAGAGGGGAGCAUCAGCUUCAUUUGCUGCUCUUGGGUUUCCCGGGGCUGCCUCUGAAGAAAGAAUGGCGUUCAGCAAAGGAUUUCGAAUCUAUCAGAAACUGGAUCCUACACCAUUCAGUCUCAUAGUGGAAACUAGGCAAAAGGAAGAAUGUCUCAUGUUUGAGUCUGGUGCUGUAGCAGUGCUCUGUAAGUCUCUGCACCUAUAUUGUUAAACGCUAUGACAGCUUGAUUGAUUUGGAACAAUGUAAA